AUGGUGGAAUCGCACCGCCCGCCGCCGCCUCGGUGUGUGCGUGCGCCGGAGCAUCGGGCUAAGCCCACUUCAGCCUCCGCGCCCGCCUCCCUAUCCGGUAGUGGCACUGCGAUGCACCUGCGACGUCGCCGACACAAGACAGUCCACUUUGGGGAGAACCUCCUCAUGCAAGUUUGCGCCGAUCGGGCGCAUUUAGCCGCACUCGGGGCCAGAAUACCCGAUAUAUCCUUUUGCCACAAAUCGCACACGGGCCUCGAUAAAGGAGAUGCACGCUUUUGUUGUGUAGCACACCACUGUUGUUUAGCUUCAGGUGCACUUGUAGCAUUGACCUCGAAUGGACGUCCCAAGCCCCGCCGAGACCGUAGCGGAGACUCGCAUUCCAGUGGCGGAGAAACCGGUGAUAAAGGAGAGGGCGAUAACGACUCGGCUCCGAGAGGAGCGAAACGAAAGGGAAGGCAUCACCAUCAUCACCGCCACCACCAUCAUCACAAAAUACACACCUGCCCCUACCACGAUACCGCUCCUCCACCAGAAGAUGAGCCUGAAGAGAAGGUGACAGUACCACAAAAAACUGUUUCACCGUACUUAUACAUACCUAGUAAAUUAGAACCAAAUGUGCAACAGUUAUUUAGUUUUAUUGAAGGCGUGUUGAGUGCUUGGGCCGCUGAGGAAGGUCUCACUAGCACCGGGGAAUAUUCUGAGCCCGAUGAACGCAUAGUUCGCCGCAGAAAACUCAAUAAAUAUAAAAAACGCACAGACGUCCUGAAUAUUCGACGCAUUGUGUAUGAAGUUUCUAUUCUCCAAGGUGCUAAGUUGCUUGGUAACGUCCGGUUUCGGCAUUAUCAUUGGAAGGGGACGGCACAAACUUGCAAUGAAGCCUUUUUAACUAAGAUAUCCGACGAUGAUCGCAUGUCAUUGACGACGGCUGUGUCUGAUGAAGAGGAUCCUGGUGAGAGCGCAAUGAAUUCACCGUACAAGGGAAAACAAACUGGUGCUGCAGCUGCCUCUUUCAAUUGCACUGGUGCUGUGAGAAAAGCUGGAUUUUUGAGCGUCAAAAAGUGGCUGUUACGGAAGAAACAUCAAAUCGAGCUGGCCCGGAAACGAGGCUGGAAAGGAUAUUGGGUCUGCCUCAAAGGCACCACUUUGCUAUUCUACCCCUGCGAUUCACGCGAGGGGCGAUCCGUGGAAGCUGCCCCUAAACACCUUAUAAUCGUCGACGGAGCAAUUAUGCAACCCAUACCAGAGCAUCCAAAACGCGAUUACAUAUUCUGCUUGAGCACUGCAUUCGGUGACGCAUAUCUAUUCCAAGCUCCGUGCCAGGUGGAGCUCGAAAACUGGGUGAAUAGCAUACAUAGUGCAUGCGCUGCGGCGUUCGCUCGCCACCGAGGCAAGACCGGCACGCUUCAUCUACUUCAAGAGGAAAUUUACCGCCUCGAAAAAGCCAUAGAAUCGGAUCACAAAUUGAAACACAUGGCAGAUCUACAACAGUCGGUGGUAUCUGACCCGGAAACAAGAGCUCAGUUGGCAGUGCAAAUGCUACAAUGGGAGGAAAAUCUUGAACGACUGCAUUGCGAACAAUUCCGACUUAGAUGUUAUAUGGCCAGUCUGCAAAGUGGCGAGCUUCCAAACCCUAAGUCUCUGCUUACACACGUUUCCCGGGGCACAAAGAGCACAUUGAACAAAUUGGGUGUGUUCACCGUGUCGUCCUUCCAUGCGUUUAUCUGCGCCCGUUCCCCAUCUUUGCUCAACAAUUUGCUCGCGGGCAGAGGGGCUACUAAGCGAAGGGCGCCUAAUCUGUCAAGAUCUAAUUCGGGCUCCAGCCGGCGGUCUAUGCAGAUGUCCCGUGAAGAGGGUGAGGCUGCAGUACGGGUGUCAUUACCUGAAGGAACUACCGCAACCGUUGGUGUUCGUGAAGGAAUGACAGUUGAGGAGUUCCUUGCCUCUGCUUGUGUGCGCCGUUCUCUUAACGCGCUGGAACACUUUGUGAGGGUUAAGAAACGACGUGAUAUGGAGGACCAUAACUACUUUGUGCCACAUCGUUCUGAUCUUAUUGAGACUUAUUUGCACACACACGAGGUAGUGGAAGUUUGCGCGAAGAUCUUAUACCAAGUAGAACUGCAACGCACAACUUUGGAGCAAAUGUGGGGCUUCAGCGUAGAGGCCGAGCUCAUUGAGAACGCCGAGAGACAAGACGAGCUUUGUUGUUACGUCAGUCGCGUUGAAGACAAGAGCGUCGCUAUGCAAAAUGGUAUCAUAAAAGGUGAUGAGAUAAUGGUGAUCAACGGUGCAAUAGUCUCCGACCUAGAUAUGAUGUACCUCGAGAGCGUGUUGCAAGAGGAGCUUUCUCUAGUUAUGAUGAUGAGGUCAUCCCGCACGGAGCCGCCAGAGCUAACCGGUGCGAUGCGCGCGGCCACCGACGAUAUAAUCGAUUCGCUGGUAUGUCCGCCGCCGCCCACCGAUCCACCCGUCAUCUCCGAUGACAUGAUAUCUGGGCUCAUCGUGCCCGCGCCUGCUUGGAGCAAGGAACUGUACAGUCCUGAAACAGACGGGCAUACGGACGCGGCAUCGGGACCACCCAAAGUUAGUUCUCGAACUAACUCAUUUGAGAUUGAAAAUCUACUCAAGAGCGCGGAGCAGGUGACUGGGUGGUGCCGGUCCCCGGGUGACACGCGUCGCGCGAGCCCCACGGGAAGCCUUGCGAGCGCUGCGGUUACUCCCUCAAGGCACCUGUCUGACGCUGACAAGCUGAGGAAAGUACUCUUGGAACUGGUGGACACGGAACGCGCGUAUGUCAAGCACCUUAAUAAUUUACUGGAGAAUUACUUGGAACCGCUGAAGAGGGAAACUUUUUUAUCGAACGCGGAAAUCAACGCUCUGUUCGGAAACAUUCAGGAGAUUGUAACUUUCCAAAGACAGUUCCUGCAAAACUUAGAAGAAGCGCUGGAAGCUGAACCUAACUUCCACCAUUUAGAAUUGUCUAAUCAGUUCAAGAAUGUUCUAUUCGCUGUUGGAAAUGCAUUCCUUUAUUACGUAAAUCACUUCAAAUUAUAUAGCUCAUUCUGCGCUAGUCACAGCAAAGCUCAGAAAGUCUUACAUCCGAAUGAAGGCAACCAAGCGUUGCAAGAGUUCCUUGCGGCUCGCAAUCCGAAGCAACAGCACUCAUCCACUUUAGAAUCGUAUUUAAUUAAACCGAUUCAGCGAAUACUGAAAUAUCCGCUAUUACUUCAACAACUCCGAAAUUUGACUGAUGUCAAUUCUGAAGAGCAUCUUCAUUUAGUUGAGGCUUUAAAGGGUAUGGAAAAGGUUGCUGAACAUAUAAAUGAAAUGCAACGAAUACACGAGGAAUAUGGUGCUAUCUUUGAUCACUUAUUUAGGCAACACCAAAAGUCAUGCAAGCAACCAAUAGACUUAAGUCCAGGUGAUUUGCUAUAUUACGGAGGCGUAGAGUGGUUAAAUAUAUCAGACUUCCUAGGAAAAAUUAAAAAGGGACUAGAAUUACACGCAAUGUGUUUUGUAUUUAAAUCAGCCGUUGUCUUCCUUUGCAAAGAAAGACUGAGACAAAAAAAGAAGUUGAUGGGCGUUUCGUCAAAGAAUAAUUCCAAUGAAGUAGAGAUAAUUAGGUAUCAAGUGUUAAUACCAGUUACUGAGGUACAAGUUCGUGCUUCUUCAGCUAAAGAUAUGGACAGUCACUUCUUGUGGGAGCUCAUACAUUUGCGAAGCCAGCUUCAGCGUCGCUCGGAAAAAGUAUAUGUGCUGUCUAACAGUACGGCUGACUUCCGCAAUGCCUUCCUCAAGACAAUUCGUCAAAUAAUACGUGAGUCGGUUCGCAAUAUGUCGCUACCGACCACUCGGCCCGCGCCCACACCACCGCGAGCGCCGCACACGCUCGACAGACCUAAGCAACAGGUUCAAGUAAUGCAAGGAUCGCAAACCUUAGGGAAAACAAAGAAACCGAAAACAUCUGGACAGAGAUUAUCUGCUGGUAACAUAGAGGUCGGUAAUCUGUCACGAGAUAAUUCUCAAGACGCCGAAGAUACUCCGCAAGAAGAAGAUCACUCGUUCAGACUUAGAAGCAAAACAGUCGGUGAGGCACCAGCGUGUGAGAGCAUAAAGCGCACUCCGCCGCCUCCGCCGCCCACAGACACGGAAAAGUCAGAGGGCGGGUCUAAGUCCGAAGGCGAAGACGAACCCCCAGCACCACCCGCCAAGAGAGGGUUAGGACGCACUCCCAACCACCUCACGCUCAGCACAACAUCGACCCUAAGCGCUGGAAGCACUGGUAGCCAAGCCCGCCUCAUUCAAUCGUCGCAUCAACCCACCCAAUAUCAACCCACUAUGGUCAAAGAGCUAGGUAAGCAAGAGUCACAAUCUUUAAAAUCUUCUCCCGAAAAGAAACCCUCAGGAUCCGAGAAGAAGAUUAAAGUCAUCCGCUCCGGCAGCGGAAGCAACAUUCACAGAGAGAGAUCUCCCAAUAGAUGCGAUCGCUCCCCCGAUAGGGACAAGGUCACCAAAGUCAUCAUUUGCAAGUCUCCCAACAAGUCCAACCUUAAGCAGUCCAAAUCCCUCCACCGUUCCCCUCGUGGUAGCUUCGACCAAUCGAAGUCCCCCACAAUCGACAAAUCCCGCUCACCGCAGCAGAGCUUCGACGGCUCCAAGUCCCCUCGCGGAAGCAUCAUGAAGUCCCGCGAAAACAGCAUAGAUAGAGCGAGAUCACCGAAACCGGCCCCAAAAAAGGGCAUCAUGCGAACACCUCAGGCCAGCUUCGACAGGUCUCCUUGCAAAUCGCCUAACGUGAGUCGGCGCUCUUCUAAAUCCAGCGGCGAGAAACUGGCCCGCCUCGGAACCAACUCCUUGGACAGGAUGACCCACUAUUCUCAAUUGGCGAAAGUGGAAGAUAAGGCAAUAAAGAUGGGGAUCGUCGUGUCCAAGUCCACUGAAUCAAUCGCUAAAGCGAUUGAGCGUCCCACUUGUGUCGAGUGUUAUUUAUCGGGGAAGAAGCAGAGUAAGACCUCUUAG